CCGUGCGCCGGAUGUGCCCGCAGCGAAAGCAUCGUGUGACGCCAGUGUGAGUUUCCGGUGCUGGGAUCGGGCUGUUCCGGAUUGGAGGAGGGUCGGGAACCUCCGGGGCGGUUUAGAAGAUGACUACCGCGGCCAGGCCAACGUUUGAGCCAGCCAGGGGCGGCAGAGGGAAAGGAGAAGGAGAUCUAAGUCAGCUUUCCAAACAAUAUUCCAGCAGAGACCUCCCUUCACACACGAAGAUCAAAUACAGGCAAACCACCCAGGAUGCACCUGAGGAGGUUAGAAGCCGGGACUUCAGGAGGGAGCUGGAAGAGAGAGAACGCGUGACUGUCCGAGAGAAGAACAGAGACCGACCGCCAAGAGAGCACACAUCAUCCCUGUCAAAGAAGCCUCGUCUAGACCAGAUUCCAGCAGCAAAUCUGGAUGCAGAUGACCCGCUCACAGACGAAGAUGAUGACGAUGACUCCGAUGAAGACAGCGAUGAUGAUACCGCCGCCCUCCUGGCGGAGCUGGAGAAGAUAAAGAAGGAGCGAGCAGAGGAGCAGGCUCGCAAGGAAUUGGAGCAGAAGGCGGAAGAGGAGAGAAUUCGAAUGGAGAAUAUAUUAAGUGGCAAUCCUCUGCUGAACCUCACAGGCCCUGCUGCACAGGCUCAAGCCAGUUUUAAAGUAAAACGAAGGUGGGAUGAUGAUGUCGUGUUUAAGAACUGUGCAAAAGGAGUGGAUGAAAUGAAAAAAGACAAGAGGUUUGUGAACGACACCCUACGUUCCGAGUUCCACAAGAAAUUCAUGGAGAAAUACAUCAAGUAGUACAGUUUUAUGUGCUUCACCCAGAAGACUGAAUGUUUUAACUUUUAUCAUCUGAGGAUAUCAGUUGGCUCUUGAACUGCUCUUAAAUUGGGCCGGGAGUUCCAUCGCCUAAUUAAAUUUGUUGCAAUAUUCCAUGACCCCCCACCCCCCAGGUUCUCUUCACCAUAUUUCCAUAUUUUGUGACCCUGUGUGAAUAAACACCCAUUGUUUUCUA